CUUCAACGACCUUUUUAUGCCCACCAUGUCGACCGCUCCCGAACCCCAGAUUCAAGACCUUCUCAACAAGCCGAAGAGCGAGCUCACUGAAUAUGAGGUCGCUCGCGUCGAGGAGCACGAGCUCACCGCCGGUCCUCUGUCUCUCCUCCAGACCGCCACCCGCACACACACCCAGGUCCUGAUUUCCUGCCGAAACAACCGCAAGCUGUUGGCCCGUGUCAAGGCUUUUGACCGACACUGCAACAUGGUCCUCGAGAAUGUUAAGGAGAUGUGGACCGAGAAGCCGAAGGGUGCCAAGGGCAAGGGCGUGAACAAGGACCGUUUCAUCAGCAAAAUGUUCCUUCGUGGCGACUCCGUCAUCCUCGUCCUGCUCAGCUGAGCAA